AUGGUUGGUAAAAGACUUUCAGAACUCAGUGAGGCAGAAAAGACCGUUGGCGUUUUAUUAGCGAUCAAUACAGUGAUAUUUGGGUUGUGGCAAGUUCCUCGACUAGUGCCUUUUAUGCAGCGUUGGUUCACCCAUUUGCCAGGAGGUCGUGGUGGUAUAAAUGCAAACAUCACCAUGGUAACGAGCUGCUUCUCUCAUCAGACAUUAAUGCAUUAUGUUUUCAAUAUGAUCGGUUUGUGGUCUUUUGGUACCAGUGUUCACGAAUAUUUAGGCAGAGAGCAGUUUUUAGCGACCUAUUUGACAUUUGGUGUCGGGGCAUCUCUUAUCAGUCAUGUUUGCCAAUUGCCCACACGGAUGACACGUUUAAUAGUACCUAGUUUAGGUGCCAGUGGUGCUUUGUAUGGUAUCGUAGCAGCCUAUUCCGUUAUACGGCCAGAUGCUGCUAUUGCUUUAAUUUUCUUGCCAAUGGUACCAAUCAAGUUAGGAACUGCUUUACCUUGCAUGAUGGCUAUAGAUUUUCUGGGCAUCCUCAAAAGAUGGUCGAAUUUUGACCAUUUCGCCCAUUUAGGUGGUGCUUUCUUAGGUUUAGGGUAUGCAUUUUUUGGUCAACAAUACAUUUGGGAACCUUUGUUGAAAAAUGUCAAUAAUGCCCGCCGCGCUAUAAAAGGAUGGCAAUAG